CUCCUCGCUAGUCACCAAGAAAGUGAUCUCCAACACUGCAGACGACCCUGGGAUUUCAUACCUUUCUUCAUUACAGUUGCGUUGACUCUUGCCGUCGAUCAGCUCCCCUACAUUCGCCCCUGAGGUUGCCAUCUUCUGUAUCUCAAUUGCCUGAAUUUACUUCCCCACGGAUCUGUUCUGGCUUCAUAACGACCCUUGUGUUGCCAUUGGGACCACAUCCAUUGCCCGGACAGGAUUUUGCUUGAUUUCUUUUCUGUCUUCUAUUUCUGUUGAUCUCUCUUGCUACGGCCUUCCCCUGGCCUUGCUCUUCUUGCCUGAGGUCUUAACCACAGCUUUUCUCCGCUACUCUGAGCGGCAGACAACAGGUUCCUCCUGCCGACUCCUACAUUCCACCGCAAUGUCCCAUAGAUUAGAGGAUACAACAUCCAGGCCCUCACCAUCCCACCCCCUGAUGCAGAAAAUGGACCAGAUGCCCUACCAGAGACAGAACUCCUUAAUGUCGGGAGUUUCCAAUAUGACUUCCGGGUCAAUCCAGGACAAUGAAUUCUCAACCCAAGGAGACUUGCCUUUGCGUCCAAACUCGCACUGCGGCCAUGGAACCCCCAAUGACUUCACUCACUACUGGGCUUUACAAGAGGCAGCUGUGCUUGAUAAUGGCUCUGUCUCAUCCCAACAGUUUGUGCCCUCCACUGCAGGCCAAGGUGAUCUGUUAUAUCAUAAUGUUUCUGAGUUCCCUGCUGCCCAGGAUGUGACACCCCAAAAUGACUUUGACUUCGCCCAUGCCCAUCAGGAUUUCCAUACUUAUUCGCCCCUUGCGGACCUGGUUUUUGACACAGAUGUGUGUCCCCAAAAUGGAUCCCAAAGCUACGAUGAUACCCUUUCCGUUGGACAAACUUCUCAGGCGGACGACAAGCAAAUGAUCAGUGCCCAGGAUGCCUGGAACUCCCUACAAGGAUCACCAAUGGACCAACUCUCCUCCAAUGUUUUCCCGGCUCUUCCCGUGUCCCCUCCUUUGUCUGAAGCUAGCAGUGACAUAUGCGUCACGUCCUCCUGCUCUAGCUCUGGUUACACGUCCUUCAUAGCAAAUGAUGAUGCUUUGUUCGCCGACAUCACAACGCCCGUUGGCAGCCAAGGAAUCAGUCUAGGAGAUCCCCUGUUCCCAAUCUCGCCGCCGCUCACAGAGCAUGACCCCAAUAGGACCAUCAGACCUUCCAAACAAUCCCGUAGGCCAAACUUGGCAACGGCCAUCUCUCAGUCCGAUGUCAAAACAAACCCAGAAGAUCAUCAGUCGAUGCCAAUUCGGGGGCCUCUUAGGCAGAGGCCCAAGGACUCUGCUGAACUUAAGAACCCCCGGGAUCAUCCUUAUUAUUCUAUGCCAACUCACAGUGACGGGAAAUACUAUUGCCCUUUCGCUACUGGCGAGAAACCUUGCAAUCACCCUCCAACGACACAGAAAUGCGCCUAUCAUAAAUACCUGGACUCUCACCUCAAGCCAUAUCGGUGUAAGGUACCUGCCUGUAUGGAUGCCCAGUUACAGUUUUCUUCUAAUGCGUGCCUUUUCCGCCACGAGCGGGAGGCGCAUGGAUUCCACGGACAUGGAGACAAUCCUCACCUUUGCCUUUUCGAAGGUUGCGAAAGGUCUAUUCCAGGAUACGGGUUUCCCCGCAGGUGGAAUCUUUUUGACCAUAUGAGGAGAGUCCACGACUUCGCUUCCGUAGAGCAACUUAGUUCUCCGGAGAACUCCCCCGCCAUUGGAAAAGCUGCUAAGCGAAAGGAGACGUCGGCACGCAAGCGACGCGUCAAUGGAGUGACUGGAGCUCAAGUGAUGAAGCGGACUCGCUCCAACCAGUCCCAAGCAAGUUCCGGGAAGUCUGCUCACUCUUCUCAUAAUGGACAGAGACUCCUGGACGCAGAGCGCAAUUAUUUUAACUGUCGCGCCCGACUGCUUGAAGAGCUUAGCCACAUCACGCCACAGGAUUCUGCUAUGCAUGAAAAGGUCAAUGCUAGCCUCCAAGAACUGAUCACGCUUGGAUUGAACUACCGCCAUAUCGAAGCCAGCCAGAUGGCAUCUCAAGUAUGAACCAUGGAUUGCUUGUUUCGUUCUUUUUUUGAAAACCAACCGUGUGACAUGCUUCUCCCAAGGAUUCCACCGUUUUCUUCUUCAUGGAUAUAGACCGGAUGGAUUUUUUUAAUCUCUCUUUUACCUUUUUUACCUUUUUAUUUGUUUUGCCCAUGAUACCAGGCAUGGGGAGCACCUUUUGUUAAUACGCUACGGAUAAGUCACGGAAACAGACCGUGCAAAGAAGUCCACAGGCCAGCGAUUGGAUAUACCUUCUGCCCAUGGAAAAUUCUCCAGUCCAGUCCUCCAAGGAAACUCCAGUUGGAAACUGAUCAUGUCCCUCUUUCAUGGAAUUGAUCUUUCGGGCGAAUUUCUGCGCCCCGGACCAGAGGACCUCUACUGCUUGUGACAUUCAUAUUUGAGCACGGCAUUGCAGCGCUCAAACCUUUGGUCCAGAAGGUGGAAACCACACGCGCUUGCCGUCGUGCUCUCAGCUACCCACGAGCAUAAGUGGGUGUGCUGUGCCUGGGGUAUGAUUCUUUGUGGACAUAUAUAUAUAUUAUAUGCGUGUAUACUUGCUGCCGGCGGAUUUCUUGCCUUUGUUUUUGUUUUUGGGAAUUGGAAAAGGAUAGAGGGGGGAAAGAAAAACAAGAGGGGGAGAACACAGUGGGACAAUGGGCAUUUUUUGGCUGGAUUUUUUUGUUUUUGGAUUGUUCUUGUUUAGACAUUGGACUGACUUCUCAGUCACAUCAAGCGGGUUGUUUUGACAUAACUGGGUUUGAGGAUCAUGGAUCAUUUUGCAGCGACUUUCUGCAUCGGUUUCUGGCUGGGAUAUUCUGUUGUUGCUGCGUUGUUUCUUUUUGUCGUUUAUAUUUUGGUCUGGAUGUUUUGAUAUUCAUUUUUAUUGUCAUUUUUUGUGUUGUGCAUUACCUUGGUCCGUUGGAUGUCUGCAAAUAUACCAUCUGCAACUUGUUUAUUUGAUUGCGCUGUCAUGGUGCUCGUGCUCAAGUUUCGGAGGCAGAAGUCCGAAGAAAACGAAAGGAAGAAGAAAAGAGAACGCUCGGAUCGAAGGUAGAAAAAAAAAACACCUCUCUUGCUUUUAUUUAUAACGGCCGUUAUGAGUUAUGAUGUUGAUGAUUAAAUUGACUAUUUUUUGUUUCUUAUUUCUUGUUGCUUGGUUGCCUUGUUAUCCAACUUGGCAGUUGGUGAUAGUCAACCAUUAACUACCAGUAUUAGGUAUAUAGCCUUUUCUACUUCUUUGGUAUCUUUCAAUCUUCGAACUCGUUUUCUUAA